UACGUCGCAUUAGGUGUGAAUUAAUGCUUCGGUGGAAACUAGACCAGUGUCGCCUGUGUACGUAGCUGGAAAGCACCCAGUGAAGUGUAUAAAACGUGGAAACUAACAAUUAGAGACUUGUAACAUACCUUGGUGGCGAUCUACGAACGUGCUCUACUGGUCAAAGGAAAAUGGCGACUGAAGUAGAAAAGGCACAGUCCGCUACUGCGGACGGAGGUGAUACAAUAUUUGGGAAAAUAUUACGCAAAGAGAUACCGUGCAAGUUUAUUUUUGAAGAUAACCAGUGUGUUGCAUUUGAUGAUAUAAAUCCUCAAGCACCUGUGCAUUUUUUGGUGAUUCCAAGGAAAGCUAUUCCACAACUGUCUAAGGCCCAAGAUGAGGAUGAACCUUUACUUGGUCAUCUAAUGAAUGUUGCACAAAAACUUGCAAAACAAAAAGGCUUAACAAAUGGAUUUCGCUUAGUUGUCAAUGACGGAAAACAUGGCGCACAGUCUGUGUAUCAUCUCCACUUGCAUGUUCUUGGUGACCGACAAUUGGAAUGGCCACCUGGCUAAUUUCUUAUUGCUCAUAUGUAUAAUGUUAUACUAACAAGUAUGUGAACAUUUGUAUCUUUAAUCUGUUAUAAAUAAAGUAUUAAAAAUAAAUGUAA